GUGUUGGAUGGUGUGCAUAAGGCUGCAGAUGGAGGGUGGAGUUGGUGGAAAUCCUCUCCCCUGCCCCACACCAAAUGAGCAACACAAUCCAAGCCAUUGACCAUAGGAGGAAGCAAGCACAUUCAUUGCUACAAUUCCUUUCAUUAAACAAUUCCUUUCAUUCAUUUUACUAAUGUGAAAAGGCUGGACAUUAGAAACAUGUAUGAUGUAUAAGUGAUUAGCUAAUUGCAUGCAAACCGAAAUAGGGAAAUAGGCUGUGGCAAGCCUGUAAGCUUUCACUUCCUGUGGGGGGGAAAGUCCCCAAAACUCGCAUACCUCAGAACGAUCUGUUCAGUGUCUCUCAAGCAGCGAUCAGAAUGGGCAACUGGAUAGAAAAUGAGGGACUUUCCAUAUUUGUCAUUAUUGUGUGGCUGGCUAUAAAUAUCUUCCUCUUCUGGUGGUACUACUUGGUAUAUGACCUUGGAAGGGAAUACAUCUAUACAAGAGAACUUCUUGGGCCUUUCCUGGCCCUGGCUCGGGCACCUGCAGCAUGCCUGAAUUUCAACUGCAUGCUGAUCCUGCUUCCCGUCUGUAGAAAUCUGCUUUCCUUCCUCAGAGGCUCCAGUGCGUGCUGCUCAGUACGUGUCAGAAGACAGUUGGACAGGAACCUCACAUUUCACAAGCUGGUGGCCUGGGCGAUUGCACUCCAUACCACAAUUCAUACAAUUGCACAUUUAUUUAAUGUUGAACGGUUGGUGGAUGCUCGCACUGAAGAGCAAAGAACCCUUAAGACUGCGCUGUCUGAUUUGGGGGAUAUUCCUGGAGACUCUUACCUCAAUUUUGCACGAUCUAAAUCUCCGAGCCCUAUGGGUUGUCUCAAAGUAGCAUUCACAACCCUGGCCGGCCUCACUGGUGUUAUCAUUACACUGUGUCUAAUAUUAAUUAUCACAUCAUCUACUAAAACCAUUCGAAGGUCAUACUUUGAAGUAUUUUGGUUCACCCAUCAUCUGUUCAUUUUCUUUUUUGCUGGUCUCGUCAUCCAUGGAGUUGGAAAAAUUGUACGUAAACAGACUCCCGAUAGUUUGAGUGUCCAUGAUCCAGAUACCUGUGCCAAGAAUUACACCCUCUGGGGGGAAAUACCUUCAUGUCCUAAACCACAGUUUUCUGGAAAUCCUCCUAUGACUUGGAAAUGGGUAAUAGGCCCCAUGAUUCUAUACGUCUUUGAACGGUUGGUACGGUUUUGGCGAUCCCAACAAAAAGUUGUUAUCACAAAGGUUGUCACGCAUCCUUUCCAAACCUAUGAGCUCCAGAUGAAGAAGAAGGGCUUCAAGAUGGAAGUUGGGCAGUACAUUUUUGUCCAAUGUCCUGCAGUGUCCAUGCUGGAGUGGCACCCUUUCACAUUGACUUCUGCCCCCGAAGAGGAUUACUUCAGCAUCCACAUACGUGUCGUUGGGGACUGGACAGAACGCUUGUUUCAAGUCUGUGGAUGUGACAAGCAAGAAUUCCAGGAUGCUUGGAAACUGCCCAAGAUAGCUGUCGAUGGCCCCUUUGGCACUGCCAGUGAAGAUGUAUUCAGUUAUGAAACCGUGGUGUUGGUUGGAGCUGGGAUUGGGGUCACCCCUUUUGCAUCAGUCCUCAAGUCUGUGUGGUACAAAUACUGCAAUGAUGCCUUAAACCUAAAGCUCAAAAAGAUUUAUUUUUACUGGCUCUGCAGGGACACUCAUGCCUUUGAAUGGUUUGCUGACCUCUUGCAAUCAGUGGAGACUCAACUGCAGGAGAAGAAUAAUCCAGACUUUCUCAGCUACAACAUUUAUCUGACUGGUUGGGAUGAAUUUCAGGCUGCUCAUUUCAUGGUGCAUCAUGAUGAAGAGAAAGAUGUGAUCACAGGCUUGAAACAGAAAACCUUAUAUGGGAGACCAAAUUGGGAGAAUGAGUUCAAAACAAUUGCAAGUCAGCAUCCAAGUUCCAGGGUUGGUGUUUUUCUGUGUGGACCUGAAGCCUUGGCUGACACCUUAAAUAAGAUGUGUAUUAGCAAUUCGGAAGCUGACCCACGAGGAAUACAUUUCAUAUUCAACAAAGAGAAUUUUUGAACACACUCAAAUGUUUGUUUGUUUCCAACGAAAAGCUACAUCUUAUCCUUUGUAUUUGGGCACUAUGUAUCUUAAUUUUGCUACAUUGAGCUCUUGUCUCUCUGGAAUUUUUCCAAAAGUUCCACAUCUGCUUGCCUUGGCUUUUGCAUUCUGUAUAAUUUGACAGAAACCAAAUAUUGCAUAUUAGACUGCCUUAGGUUAUAAUCCUAUACACACUUAUCUGAAAGUAAGCUCCAGUUAACUUAAUGGGACUUUGUAAUGAGUAGGCAUUCAUAGGACUGCAUUGCAGGUUUUAUAUUUCUGUUCUCAUUUAUUUUAUAUAAAUAAGAUUGAAUUGCAAAGAACUAGAACAUUUUAAGUAUUUGUCAUGGUUAUGUUUUAAACUUCAUAAAGGUGCUCCUCAGGUCCUAGUUUCAAGAGACAUUCCACUUUUGUUUUUAUUAUUUAACCAUCACCCUUAAUCAUUAAAAUGGAGGCAUGAUGUGGUGUCUAGUGUCAAACAUAUUGCUCAACUGAGACAUUGCAUAUUUUUGAAAGUGGCAAGAGUUCCACUUGACUGAAGUUUAUUUUUGGCAAGCCACAUAAAUAAACAUUCCUGCAACUUC